UACUACAUCAAGCAAAGGAAACGGAUCAGCUGUGUUCAAUGUUGUGUACAUAGGUUAUGUGCAUUUUUCGAAUUUAUAAAUUAUAAUAAAAUGAUUAAUGCAUAAAAUGUUAAAAAUUUAAAUAACGAUAUCAAUGUUAACAUUGACUUUGAACGAAAGAAAAAACAUAUUUUUUGCUUCAAUAUUUAUAUUCGUAAAUAUACGAAAUAUUGUCAAUUAUUAACAAAUCCUUAUAAGAAGAUUUAAGAACGUGGAAUGGAUUAUGCAACUGUAGUGGAUCAAGCAAUUAAGCAGUUUUAUGCUGCAGGAAAUAAUGAAGCUCACACUUGGUUGCUACAGGUUCAAGCCUCCCCCGAAGCAUGGACUUUUGUAUGGCAGCUUCUUGAUCCUUCAAAGUCUCGAGAAGUACAGUUUUUUGCUGCAACGACAUUACAUGCAAAAAUAUCAAAACAAUGGGAUGAAGUACCUAAGAAUGAAUAUCCUGUUUUACGUGAACGUUUACUUAGCAGUAUUACGCAAUCAAAUACUCCAAAGUUUGUACUUUCAAAACUUUGCCAAGCGUUAGCUGCAUUUCUGGCACAUAGUAACAAUGAUUUUGAAAGUAAAGAUAAGGAGAAAAGUUUAGUAGAAGAGUUAAUAGAAAUAUUACCAUAUGAUUCACCACCAAAAUUGGAGUUAUUAUUAAGAGUAUUAUUUUCUAUUCCUGGAGAGUUUGAAAUGAGACAAACUGUAAAAAGAAAACCAAAGGAUGGAUUAGUUAGUAGUUGGAGCAAAACAAUCUGGCUUUUACAACAAGUUUUUGCAUCAUGUAAUCCAAAUAACCAGGAAAAUGAUACAUUAUACCUUUUGGGAUUAGAAUGUGCCUUUUCUUGGCUUAAAUUUGGCCAAUUACCUUUGGAGAUAAGUGGUCAAAUUUAUCCUUAUUUAUUAGUUGCUGCAUCCCAUUAUGCACCAAGCAGGGAAAAUUCACACGAAGACAAUACUAGUAGUUGGGAAAUAGUACAAGAUUGUUUAAUUAUGAUAUUAACACAUCCUGAAUUACACAAAAGACCACAGACACUUUGGGAAUGGGCAAGAAGUUUAGUCACAAUGGCACGGGAACAUAGUGGAAAAUAUUUUUGUGAAAUUUUAACAGCUAUGGGAGAAGCUUAUAGUAGGACAUUUUUACUUGCUCUCGCAGGUGAAGGUGAUGCAACUCAAAAGUGGACAUCCGAAGGAUUAAUUGAGUUACUCUUAGAGUGUUCAGAACAAGAAGGGCGAUAUCCUACAGAUGAAACUCGUAGUUCUAUUCCAUUUGCCUUUUGGUUUACAUUACAAGACGAUUUAGGUACAAUUGAUUCACCUCUUGAAAGUCAUGCAUUGAAUGCUUUAAAACCAAUAUAUGCACGGUUAGCAAAUGCAUUACUAAGAAAAUCUACAUUACCUUCAUCACCAAACGAAAGUGGAGAUGCGGAUGAACGAGAACUCUUUCGAUGUUAUCGACAAGACGCUGCAGAUACAUUAGAUUACUCUUAUAGAGUUUUAGGAGAAGAUUUAUUAAUACUCCUUGGGCAGAGAUUAAGUGAGCCACUUGAUAAUUCAGAAAAAUGGACUGAUGUAGAAUCUACAUUACAUGCUUUUGAAGCUUUAUCAGAUAGAGUUGGCUUGGUAGAAUUCCGUUACAUUCCUGCCUUGAUGGAUUUAAUUGUAUCUCAUAUACCUUAUGAUCUUUAUCCUGGAGAAGUAUUAGCAUGUGCGUGCUCAGCAAUAGGAGCAUAUGCUGAAUGGAUAGGAGAACAUCCCGAUCCUUGGCUUGAAAGAGUAUUACAUCUUGUAACAUUGGGCCUUUGGAAAGGUCCAAUUACAGCACCUCGUGCAAGUAUGGCUCUUAAAGAUUUAACAAGAGAAUGCGGGGCAUAUCUUGCACCCUUUGCACCAUCUAUACUGAAUACAAUAGGACGAACUCUUCCAAAUGUAACGUCCGAAGGGGGAGAAGGUCAACGCCUUAUGUAUGCAGCUGGAAAAUUAUUGAAUACACUUCCAACAGUGGAAGAACAAUUAACACAUUUAGAUGCAACAUUGGGCCUAUGUAUAGUGAAAAUUCAAGAAUUGUUGAAGCAACCAUUAUUCGUAGCUCGUGUAGCAGUUACAAAUCAAUUAAAAAUGGCAACUAUGUUUUUCUCAACUUUAGAAUGUCCUAUAGGAAAAGCUGUUUUAGACGGACUCUUACCAAUAUUUAAUGAAAUUAUUGUGCAUCCUGAAUGGAGUCAAGAUAAUACUACAUUAGAAGCAAUGCACACAUGUGCACAAAAAUCAUUAUCAUCUCUAUUACAUCCAGAAACAGAUGCACGUCCUUUACUUUCAAUUUUAUCAACUUCUUAUAAGAAUUGGCCCCAUCCUGCUGCAUUAAAUUUAUUGAAUCAAUUGGUGUUAUUAUUUGGCAAAGAUCCAGAUAGUAUUAUAUGGCCUGUUUUUGCAGAAUUAAGUUCAAUAACUUUAGGUGGUAUUAAAGCAUGCCAAUCAGUACAUGGCGAUUUAUCUGAUUGGUCGGAUCUAAUGGAAGCAUAUUUAGGAUUGCUUGCCCAAAUUUGUAAAAAGAAUGGUGAAAUGUUGCUUCAAGUAUCGGAUCAAAUUCCUGAUAUGUUACGAUGCGGUAUUACUUGCUUACUACUUCCGGAAACAGGAACAGUCAAAGCAGCAGCAUGUUUUCUUACUCAUGCUAUUAUGCAAACUCCACAUUUACAAGAUUUUAUUCGGCCAAUCGGACGAGAACUUGUUUUUGUAAUACUACGGUGUGUUGGAGGAGAAGUGCCUCGAAACAAUUUAGAACCUCAUGCGGAAGUUUUACUGUCAUUAAAUAAAAUGUGUGCGGCUUGGAUGUUAGAAUGGCUUCGUGUUUCACUUGAAAGUCAAUCUGGACCUGCAGCUAGUGAUAUGGAUAAAGAAGUUUUUAUACGUAAUGUUUUACGAGAACGGACAAGUAGACGUCGUCUUUAUGAUGCGCUGAAAGAAUUUAGUCUUAAGUGUCGACAAAAGACUAUAGGACUAUAACGAUGCGCUUUCAUAAGUGGAUUUAGAUAUAUGAAAAUAAAAAAAAUAUU